AUGAGUGAAAUAACAUUCUUGAUGGAUCAAAGUAUCGAUCCAUGCACAGAUUUUCACAAAUACGCUUGCGGAGGUUACAUUGAAAGCACUUCCAUUCCUGACGGUUAUAAUGAAUGGAACCGGUAUACCCAAAAUUACGAAGAGAUACUUUUGAUCAUCAAAAAUUUAUUGGAAAAUCCUGACACAAAAUACGAAGGAGAAGCCGAGAGACAAGCCAAAAUAUAUUAUGAUUCUUGUAUAGAUACAGCCAACACUAGGGAACAAUUGCAAGGAAAUCCUUUAAUCGAUCAAUUGGAACUGUAUGGGGGCUGGGACGUGAUAAACGCCGAUAAUAAACCUUCCCCUUUUAUAGACGAAUCUUCCGGAUUCAAACAAAUCAUAUUCCCCGAUAGAGGCUUCGCUAACGAUCCUGAAUUAUUUAGUGUGGAUUUGAACAUAGAUCCCAAAAACUCUUCCAGAUAUUUACUCACCAUCUCUGUAGGCAAGCUCACUCUCCCAAACAAGGACAUCUACGAAGUCAAUGCCACGCUUAAGAAUCAAGUACUUUACGAUGCUUACUUGAAGUACAUGACAAACGUUGGAAAGUUGUUGAUAUCGAACAGUCAAGAUGUUUCCAAAGAAUGUGAUUUGCAAGAAAAAGAGAUAAAUGUCAGUUGUAACGACAUUAAUGGCGAUUUGCAGAGCGAAGAAGGUCAGCAGAAACAGAUAGACGAUCAACUCAAAGAGGUUAUGUCAAACGUUCUGGAAUUCGAGAGCGAUAUGGCUAAGAUUACUCCACCAUUGAAAACUCUCUACACUUUUGAGGAAUCGCGAUAUGUCGUAAUGUCGCUGAAAGAGUUGGACGAAAAAUUUGAUUUCGUGGAAGGGAUGGUUGAUUUGAUAAAGGUGGCUUAUAAAGAACGUUUAACUAAUCUUGAUUGGAUGGAUGAUCUCACGAAGAUAAAAUCUGUGGACAAGGUUGAUUCGCUAAAAGUCAAAAUUGGUUAUCCUGAAUACGUAGUAGAUCCCGUUAAAUUGGACCAAGAUUAUCAAGGACUAGAUAUGCAAAAAGACACUUUCUUUAAAAAUUUCUUUAGCCAAAAAAGGGUAAAAGAAGUAAACGAGUUCAAGAGAGUUUUUAAACCUGUCGACAAGGAACGGUGGUUUUUACCUCCUCACACCGUUAAUGCAUAUUACGAUCCUUCCAAAAAUGAAAUAGUGUUUUUGGCUGGAAUUUUGCGAAAACCGUACUAUGAUAAAGCUUAUCCAGACGCAUAUCUUUUUGGAGCUAUAGGAUCCAUUAUAGCUCAUGAAAUAACACAUGGCUUUGAUGACAACGGUAGGCAAUACGAUAAAGAUGGGAAUGUGAACUUGUGGUGGACCAACAAAUCAAUAGAAUCUUUCGUCGAAAAAACGAAUUGUUACAAAGAUCAAUAUUCAGAUUACUCGAUUGAUGACCAUAAGCUGAACGGCCAACUAGCAUUAGGAGACAAUAUAGCAGAUAAUGGAGGCGUCGCCAUAUCAUUACAAGCAUUAAAAAAUUAUCCUACCAAGAACAAGAUUGCUACAUCUUCUAUUUCCAGUAUGACUGAUGAUCAACUGUUCUAUCUUGCUUAUGCCCAAGCUUAUUGUUCUAUAGAGACACCCGAGGCGCUAUAUUUACAAAUUAAGACCGAUUUUCACAGCCCAAACAAAUACAGAAUAAUCGGAGUUGUAUCGAACCUAAAAGAGUUUUCAGAAGCGUAUAACUGUCCAGCCAAUUCAAACAUGAAUCCCAUUAAAAAAUGUACUUUAUGGUAGUUUUUAGAAAAUUUUUUUUUGGG